CAGUCACACACGGCAGACACACACUGCCACCAGUGUCUUUGUGAAGCAUUAUGUUUGGCAGGCGAUUGUAUUGUGCUGUGUGUCGUGUGUACUUUUGCUGAUUAAAAUCCUUUCCCGCUCCAUUUGUUUUCCCAAACGCCAUCGUUGUGGAGUGGGAAGGGGUGAGGAGUGUGUGAGUUGAUAUAGUGCAAAGGCAAUCAUCGUGCAAAUACUACAAUACCUAGAAGAAACAGUAGUGGUGGUGCAGUGAAAGAUCAAUCAAUUUCUUUGUGUGCGAAAAGUGUGUUGUGUGUGUCUACGCUUCCUUGCAGAAGCUGAAGUGCUUUGUGUGAGUGAGUGUGCGCGCGCGUGUGAGUGGGGGAGAGGGCACGGCUCUCUAAACACACAAUGGUGCCGGCGAAAGGAUUUCUGCUUACGCUGCUGGUAGUGCUGGUUGCUAGCAGCAGCUUCAGCAGCCACCAUCAGGUGAAGGGCGAAAAGUACGAGGACGAAGAUGAUUACUACGAUUCAAGAGAACGCGUCUUGGAAAACUCGUACCACGGCUUGAUAAAGGAAAAUGAAACGUUCGUCGAGAUCACGCCACUGAUCAAGGUGGACGAGACGAAAAUCUGCGGCUUUCACAUAAUCAAAAAGAACAAGGAAAUUCCCUUUCAGAUUGAGCUUGUGAACGAGCUUGGCAUUCUGAAAGCAAAAAAGACACUGAACUGCGAAAAGCGGAAAAACUACAAAUUUGACAUUACCGCCGUUUUCUGCGAUGGAUCACAUUCGAAGAGCGCGAGCGUACAUAUCUCCGUGAUUGACAUUAAUGAAUAUUCGCCCACAUUCCUGCAGCCCUCAUACGUCACAGAGGUUGACGAGGGCCGCCUCUAUCAGGAGAUAAUCCGCGUCGAAGCAACGGACAAGGACUGUACGCCCCUGUUCGGCGAUGUGUGCAAGUACGAGAUCCUCACCAACGACCAGCCGUUCACGAUCGACAACGAGGGCUCGAUACGCAACACGGAACCGCUCUCGCACAAGAUCUCGCACAAUCACAUCCUCUCGGUGGUGGCGUACGACUGUGCGAUGAAGCAGUCCGCCCCGGUCAUGGUGAACAUUCGCGUGCGGCGCGUCUGCGAGGCGCACGUGAUGGGUGUGGCCGAGCGCAUCGACUACGUCGCUAACUCCAUGGAGAGUGUGUCGCUGUUCCCGAAGAUUCACCUCGAGCUGUGCGAUAUGCAGUGCAAGGGCGAGGACAUGGUCAUCCAGUCGUCGGUGUCGCUCAAAACCAAGCACAUCGCGUUCGGUUGCGAUCGGGACGCGAGCCAGUGUUUGCGCCGGCUGAGCGAAAGCGGCAGUGGCCGGGAGCGGGACGGCGAUGGGCUGGUCGAUUUGCUGCAGAAGAACACGGACUGGACGAAGGAUCUGACGUACGACGAGGGGGCGGAAGCGAUCUUCCACUUUGACGGUAGCUCGGGCGCGAUCGUGCCGAAGAAUGUGGUACAGCCGCAGGACUUUGCCGCGCACCAGUUCAGCAUCGUGACGAUGUUCCGGCACAACAGCAUCGUGAGCACGGACAAGCACACGAAGGAGCACAUCGUGUGCAGCGCGGACGACCACAAGAUGAACCGCCACCAUAUGGCGCUGUUUGUGCGCAACUGCCGGCUGAUACUGCUGCUGCGCAAGGACUUUAACGACGGCGAUUUGAACAUCUUCAGCCCGGCCGAGUGGCGCUGGAAGAUACCGCAGGUGUGCGACAACGAGUGGCACCACUACACGAUCAACGUGGAUCUGCCGAAGGUGGACCUGUACAUCGAUGGCAUUCGGUUCGAGAGCAACGUGGAGGACCGGCACAGCAAUCCGGAGGUGAUCGACGACUGGCCGCUGCAUGCGGCGCACGGCAUUAACACGACGCUUGCGAUCGGCGCUUGCUACCAGGGGUCGGAGAACCGGCUGAAGCACGGGUUCAGUGGGGAUAUUGCGGAGAUUAAGCUGUCCACGCGCAAGGUGCUGACGGCGAGCCAGAUCCGGUGCGGUACGGACUGUGCGGAGAAGUUGCUGCCACCGGCCGACCACUACCUGGAGCCGGAGCAGCAGAUCCAGUCGAACACGCAGAUGAACAAGAUCAUCAUCGAGGGCAGCAACAAGACGAACAUCGAGCAGCUGCUGCAGCAGAUCCAGUACAUCAACUCGAAGGAAAGCCCCACGAUCGGGCGCCGCAACAUCCAGGUGAUGACGACGGUCAGCUGCCCGAACAAGAAGGCGAUCCGGCUGCCGACGAUCGACACGUACAUUAUGGUCAGCUCGGCGGGCAGCAGCCUGUCCGGGGGCAGUAUGCUUGCGUCGGCCACCUCCUCGUCCUCCUCGUCCGGGUUGUACAACAAGAUACUGGUGGAUAAGCCGCUCGCCACCGACCAGAAGCCGCAGAUCGUGAUCAGCGGCAACUCGAACCAUCUCGUCUCGUACCCGGACAUUAAGGAGGGCGUCAAGAUACUGGCGCAGAUCAACAUCAGCGUCUACACUGGGAAGGAUAUUCGGCCCGAGCUGCAGAAGCUCGAUUCGUGCAAUGUGAACGUGUUCCCGAGCCUGAACCCGGACCACGAGGAGAUUACGAUCGACGAUAAGGACGGUGCGGACGAGUCGCUGUUCAAGUUCGACAUCAAAACGCAGAUCAGCAAGGAGGGCGUCGAGAUGAUCGGGUACGACACGAUCGAGAACUACCAGCACGUGCUGAAGUCGCUCGUGUACAUCAACAAGAAGCCGGCGUACUACCUGAACCGGGUGUUCAAGCUGACCUGCUCCCAGGUGGACGACCACUUCCGCAGCGCGGAGUACACGCUCACCCUGACCGUGCUGCAUCCGAAGCAGCAGCCGACCUCGUCGAUUGCUUCCGCCUCCGCUCCAUCCUCCAAUGUGUUGCUGGCCAUCUCGACCGCCCCAUCGGAGCAGCAUCCAGCCGUUGCGGUCGAUUCGCAUGACAAUGCCAACCAGUACGCGCACGUGAUGCUCCACUCGCACGACGUCCAGGAGUCGCAGUCGAAGGUGCGCAGCAGUGGCGGCGCCGCCCUGCUCGGCCACGAGAAGCUCGCCUCGUCCCACUCGACCAUGUUGAUCGUGGUCAUCUGCGGCUCGUUCGUGCUGCUCAUCUGCGGCGUCGGCAUCGCCCGUCUGCGCAACAGCAACGCGGCCCUGGCGGGCGGCAGUAGCGGCCAUGGUGCAGCGGGCGGCGUGUCCGGCGGCAGUGCGUUCGCGCGCAACCUCACCGACAAGCAUCUGCCGUGCCCGAAGGUUGCGCCGGACCAGCAGCUCGACUGGGACGAUUCGGCGCUCACCAUCACCAUCAACCCGAUGCAGCACGACGCCCUGUCGGACGAGAGCUCCGAGUCGGACAACUCCGACUCCGAGGACGAGGAGGUGCUGAACGGGCGCUACAAAAACGUCAGCCAGCUCGAGUGGGACAACUCCACAAUCUAAAUGGAAUAUAUCAAAUAUUUUAAAGUAUGACAGAUUUAUUACAAACAAACAUCCACAACAAGCAGCUGGCGCAAAAUUGCAAACAGAAAAAAAAACACACACACAAUUCCCCUCUUCCCUUCCUCCUCUCCUGCUGCUGCAUCAUUAUCAACCCGCGAGGCAGUGUAGUCAGCAGCAGCAGCAACAGAACAGUGGAGUGGCCAUUCAUUUGCAAGCAAAAAGCCCCUCUCCCGGCUCUCCGAGUACCACCAUACAGGCUAAAAACUACACCUCUAAAAAUAUAUAUACAACUGAACAUAUAGAUAUAUAUACAUACAUGAAUUAUAUCAGCAGCUCUAUACUCUCAUGCAUACCGGAAAAGAACAUUAUCCCCCCAUUUUCCCUCCGCUUUCGACGCAACAAGGUUAAAGCAUAAAACCACAAAUACACACACUCAGCAGCAGCAGCAGCAGCAGCAGCAUUGCGUGGAAUUUAAGUGCGACAAGCUGGUGUGGUGAACAAAUUUAAUAACUUCUGACCAUCCCAUCCCGCAUCCCCACCCCAGUGAGCAAAACCAAGCCCACAGGCCGGCCCGAAAGAUACCAGAACAAUCGGACAAAUCACCACACCAACCAACCAAACACGGGACGACCAUCACACGGGAAUGGUCACUUGCAGGCUGCUUCUUUGCCCUCAAAGGGCUGACGGGGACGAGGAGAGUGUAAAAGCACCAGCCACCAGCACCGGAAAACAAUACGCAAUGUACUUACAAUGCUGCACAACAAUGUGCAUAACGCAAAUGCAUGCAAAUGAGUGGUAAACAAAAUGUUCCAAACUACUCCCCUCAUCCAGUGAGCCGAAGCCGCCGCUACGGCGAUUUCGAUUCCGUUUUUUUUUUGUCGGCCAUUGCUCGGGAAAGCAGAACAGAGGGCAGAAGAGUGCGGUGCAGAACAAUUCCACGCACACGAGCGCAGCUGCCGUGCGGCGCCAUUCAUUUAAAAAAAAAAACAAGAAACAACCACAAAAGUCUAGAAAUCAGCUUAAUAAUAUGAAAAAAACACACAAAUGGAUUCUAUAUUAUUAAAAUAAAAGAAAAGUCUACAAGAGAGAAACAAAAUGUAGCUAUACGGUACAUUGGGAGGGUAAGGAGAAAAAACGGGAUGCAAGUAGAGAAGAGGGAAAGGAGAAAAUGAAAAGAGGAAGAAAAAAGAAGGAAAGACGUAAUAGCUAAAAGGAUGUAGCCGAAGGAUAAACGUAAAACGUGUGUGUGUGUAAUAGUGUGUGAGAUGUAUAAAAUUGAUUAAACAGAAACAAAACAAUGGAUGUAGGAAGAAGGAGAUGGUGAAAAACACAGCAACACAAACAGAACACACAAAAAGGUCAUUUAUUCAUGUGCAACACAGUCCGUCUCUGCGUGUAAUGAGUGUCUGUGUAAUUUUGUUUUUAGUGUGCGCGUGUCCCUUAUAUACUGCUGAGCCAGUUCCAGGAUGGCCACGCCAGCAGGAAACCAGCACGCACACACACAUACGUAUUUCGUACGAUUAGUAGUGGAAAAUAGGGAGAAAUGAAGCGAACAGCACACAUCCACACAGCACAGAAACAUUUUAUGAUAAGACGACUACUAAACCUAUCAUUAGUACUAUCGGCGCUAUUACUUCACUACUGGUAUAUCCUCCACGUGAGUAUACUGGCUACUACUCACGGUGUAACAGACAUCCAGCUAUGUCGCAGCUUUUCCCGCACUCCUGCGAAGUAAACCGGCACACCGACUUUGUUGGGGAUAUCGUUAUUGCUGAGGUCAUUCCAGCGCACUUACUUCACAAUACGAGCGCGAAAAAGAAAAAAGGCGAGAAGAAACCCUGCAGCAAUGGACCCACACAAAUGAGAGUGUCACUUUUUGUCGACUCUGCAACCCUUCCGUCAACUGCGGAACCUGCAGUGAAAAAUCAUCAACCGCUGGAGGACGCAGCCACACCAUGCUGGAUUAAUUUCUUUACCAAGAACGAACCGAACGCACGACGCACAAUGACGCAAAACGAUGCCCCGGGAAAGCUGCUUUGUUAUUGUACUGUUUGUUUGCCCUUGCUCGUGUUAGAUUCGUGUGGUGUCCCCUCAGAUUAAGAGUUGCGAGAUGUGUGUAGUGCGUAUAACGAGAGUCAUUAAAUUGCCGAAGGCUUUUGUGGAAGAAAACUAGAGAAAAGUGUCUGUUGAGGACACCCUAGAUUUAUUUUGUCAGUUUUUUUGUUUUAAUUUUACAGGCAUUCAGGCGCAUAGUAUUUUCAAAUCAGCAGAGACCUCUACGAUCUCUAGCUCGGCAAAACGGAUGUUCAUUUUAUAAUUUGCACGCUUCAAACCCAGCCUGAGGAUUGAGUUUUCACAAGUGUGCCCGUGUUGAUGCACUGUGUGAGUGUGAUUUUAGUAAAUCAAGUGGUCGUUUCUUUAUGUAAACUGCCAAUUAUUUCCUGUAAGACACAGUUCGCAGAGAGUGUUUUUCGCAUAAAAGGAUGGCGUUAGAAUUAUAAGCUUUUUUCUUAAAAUCCUAUUUUCCAUCCAUCCUUCAUGCUGUGUGAGCUCCUCCAUAGCAUUGGAAGGGCGUUUUUACCCCAAAAUCCCAUUUAAUGCACGCCGCUCGGUGGUUUCAUUUGCUGCUCCGGAAGGACACACAAACGUUGCACCUCCCAUCACCACCACCACCACCACCUUCUCAUACUUGCUGUACAUUUUUAUCACAUUGUUUCCUGUUUUGUUUCAUGGUUUUUCUUUUGCUUUGCGUUGUAGAACCAUUCGUCGAAGCGUGUGAAAUGAUGUUAGAGAAGAAAGGGCGUAUGAAACACACGAUCACGUGUGAAACAAAACAAAAUAAACAAAAACUGUUCUUCAUUAAAUGGCCAUUCAACAAUUUGUAGCGGCGCUAGGUGGAAGAAACUACACACACACGCGCGCAAAACAAGAAGUAUUGUAAAUGGAAGUAUAACAAAUAAAGAAGCGAUGGAAAAACAAGCGAAAACACAAAACACAACGGUUCGGUUGAAAACAAUUGCUAGUAGAAGGAAGUUGAGAAUUCUGGAAGAAGAGAGGCGAGAAAAGCGGAAAGGAAACUGAUCGCAUUUGUGUAAGUGUGUCCUUGCAGUGUGGUAGCAAUUAAGCCUGUAAUAUCGUAGUAGUAACGUUAAUCCUCUCCUGUUCCAUGUCAUUCUGUUUCUUUCCAACUUUCCUUUACUUUCUCUCCUUGCCCCAUAACUCACGCAUUAACAUAUCGUACUUAUCGGUAAGCUUAUUUAGCGAAAGGUAAAACCCCACAGCUAACAAAGAAAAACUCAGUGCAUCCGGUGCAAUUGUGUCCCAUAUGUAUGUCCGUAUGUAUGUAAGUGUGCAUGUGUGUAUGUGUGUGUUAGUGUGCGUACGGGAGAUUGUGUGUGUAUGAUAAGAUUAUAUACGCGCCACGCGGCACCAGAUGAAGAACAUAGCCUAGUAAUAAGGGAUAGUAAAGGUGCGGUACCUUUUUCUGCGGGUUGAAGUUUAUCGUGUUUGUCGUGAUCGCAAUCGAACACAAGAGAGCUGGAACUGACCGAAGGGAAAGGAUUUUCGUCCGAAAGGUAGGGUAAUAAUCUCUUAGUAAUUAGAUCUACAUUAAUGUUACUUCCUUCUUUUAAUGCUUUUUUUUUUAAUCCAACUUUUUGUUUCUUUUUUUUAGAAAAUCAAUCACUCGUGGAAUAUGUAAUCACAAAUAAAAGAAAUAUUAUCCUCUACUCCAACAAAAGCAUGUAAAACAUCUCCCCUUUUUGGCAUAUUGUGGAAGCACUAUUGUAAGCAGUUGAUUCCGCUUGAUAAUGCUGUUUUUCGUCCCCGACUGUAAUUGGCUUCACCGGAAUUGGUACGAACCAAUGAACCGCGUAUAGUAGGCGGCGACAAGAUUGAUCGAAUAGUAACCGCGCGGCCACAUGAGGUGAAAUAUACAGCGAAAUGAACUAUUUGACAGGCGAAAUAUCUGUCAGAUAACGCAUCACAGCAACCAGGUGAUGUGCAAUGUAAACAAAUAACGUGCACCAAGUCGUAACUAAUUCCAUUAAAGAACUUCAAUGUUAAAUAUUUCGUUAAUUUUCAUUCAACAAUUCAUCAUAUCUUUCAUUUUGGGAAUGUUAUGCUUAAGAAGAUAUCCUUUUAAAGUUACUUUCGAAAGCGGAUGUUGUAUCACCCGCAACCCUUUAGCAGCAGCUGUCAGAUAUUUCACCUGUCAAAUAGUUCAUUUCGCUGUAUAUUUCAUCUCAUGUGGCCGCGCGGUAAGAAAAAAUAUUGCGUUCCAUCACAGUAGACGACGGUUUGCAUUCGUUUCAGUCACACAAUUGCUCUCCUCUCCCCCUCUCUGCCUCUCUUUCUUUCUCUGUCACACAAACACACACGCACAGAAUCUUUCUCUCUUUCAGCUCAGAAACCGUCCAGGGAAUGAGAAUGUGGAAGUGUAAGGAAAUUGGAAAUGAAGAAAUAAAGAGUUCCACAAUCAAGAACAGGCAAACUUGAUAGCAUUUCGUUUCUCCUAAAACCAAAACACCUAGCUCGAACCAACCUACACAACACAAUCAGAGGAUGUAGAAUUAAUGUUUGCAGUAGCUUCUUCUGUUUAAUGUAAAGUGUUUACUAUUUCAAAAAACACGGAGGGAAAAAGAUGAGUGACGUAAAAGCUAAGCUAAUACUCUAAAAAUCCCCCAAGAAUUGAAUAUAUUUAAAUGCAAUUGUUCAUAUUGAAACUAACAACACAGCAGCGUAAAAUCAAGUGCUAAUUUUGGAUGUAUCAUUGUGAGUUUGUGUCCAUUUGGGACAUGGUUGAAGCGAGCAAAAAAGCACAACCAACCUAUAAGCAGUUUUUUGAUGCGAUGUAACUUAUUUGCAAGACAUAUGGAAAAAAACAAAAGAAAAAGAAAAUAAUUAAAGCAAGUAAAGUAAAUAAGUGAAAGUAAGAUUACAGAACAAAAUGUAACACAAGAGUAAGCAAGCGAAAGUGAAAAAAAAAAAACAGAAAAAAUGGCUCACACAAGAGUAAGAAAGUAAACAAACAAUGUAACAAACUAAAUGGUACAGUUUGACAUUUGUCUAAAGGAUGCGAAUGAAACGUUAUAAUUAAAAAAAGUCAAAUUUGUUCUUUAAAACCACUCAGCAGGACAUCGUGAAGGGAUGGUUAAAUGGUAAAACACAGAAUAAAAUAGUAAAAAAAAAAACAGGAAAAACCCGCAAAUCGCAGAGCGAAAUCACUUGCAUUGUUGAGUAACUAGCAAAGAAAGGAAGGGAAGAAAGGAAAGCAAGAGGUAAAAAAGAUCAGAUAGCAUUAUAUAAAAAGAACACACAAAACACACACAUACAAGUAUAUAUAUAUAUAAAUGUAUGAUGCAAAAACCAUUGCAAACCAAACGCCGGCAAAAAAAAGAAACAAUUAUAAAUAACACUCCAAUAUGAUGAUGGCUUGUUUUCUUGUUUCGCAAGUGAAUCCCCCCUAUAAUCCACCUAUAUAAACGAGAAAACCAAAAACGCAAAGAAAUAUUCAUAAAGACCGUAGAAUAAUAAAGCAAAGAGUAGCAGCAGCGUGCAAGAUGGACUUGGUUUUGGUCUGUGCGAGAGGUUUUAUAGUAAAAAGAAAGGAGUAUAGAAAAAGCCCGUUAUUUUGCCCGUAGUUUAAAAACCUGUGUGUGUAUGUGUGUGGUUUUCUGUUGCCAGAUAGAUCUUCUUCGGAAAGGGCAAAAUAGAGUAAAAGGAACACAGGAAACGAGCUUCGCUGAAGUACUUAUUUUGCGUAGCAGUCUAAUGGACAAGCAAAUGAUGCAUAUAAAGCAAAGAAACAACUGGAUAAAACCAAAAACCCGAAAAUAGUUCACUUACAAUCAAUUUCAAACAGCAAAGAAAAGCAGAAUAAAUCGUCAAAUUCUUUCACCUUUUGCCCAUAGAUAGAAUAAAAUCGGGUAAACGUUUCCGCUUUUGGCAGGG